UGAAGGUUGAACCAUCGCGUCUGCGCUUGCCAGUUCUCUUGGCGCUGCUAUACCCGCGACGUGGGGUCCCCACAGACCGACUCCUGUUUCUCAACCCAGAGCAAAUUGAGACGUCCGGGUGAGAGUCGAGAUGGGCGUUCACCAUGUUGCUCAGGCUGGUCUCCAACCCCAGGGCUCAAAGGAUCCAGUCUCAUCGGCCUCCCGAAGUGCUGGGAUUUCAGGUCUUGCUGUGGGACGUUCUUAUCUCUGCAUGAUCUCUGGUGCAGUGGGCAGCAGAGGACCAUCUUUCUCUCGGGAUUUCCAAAGACUCCUGUUACAUGAGGAAGCCACCAAGAAGAGCAAAGAAAAAGAUCCAGGGAUGGCUCUUCCUCAGGGACGCGUGACUUUCAGGGAUGUGGCUAUAGAAUUCUCAUUGGCGGAGUGGAAAUGCCUGGACCCUGUGCAGAGGGCUUUAUACACGGCCGUGAUGUUGGAGAACUACAGGAAUCUGGAGUUUGUGGAUAGCUUUUUAAAAUUCGUGAUGGAGUUCUCAUCAACUGGGCACAGUAAUACAGGAGAAGGGUUCUACACAGGGACAUUGGAAAGACAUAAAAGUCAUCCCAUUGGAGAUUUUUGCUUCCCAGAAAUCAAAAAAGAUAUUCAUCACUCUGAGUUUCAGUGGCAAGAAGUUGAAAGAAAUGGCCAUGAAGCACCUAUGACAGAAACCAAAGAGAUGACGGGUAGUACAGACCGACAUGAUCAAAGGCAUGCUGGAAACAAGCCUAUUAAAGAUCAGCUUGGAUCAAGCUUUCAUUCACAUCUGCCUGAACUGCACAUAUUUCCGACCGAAGGGAAAAUUAGUAACCAAGUGGACAAGUCUGUCAGUGGUGCUUCCUCAGCUUCAACACCCCAAAGAAUUUCUUGUAGACUCAAAACCCAUAUUUCUAAUAAGUAUGGGAAGAAUUUCCUCCAUUCUUCAUUAUCCACACAAAUACAGGAAGUACGCAUGAGAGAAAAACCUUGCCAAAAUAAUGGGUGUGGCAAAGCGUUUAAUUAUAGCUCACUCUUAAGGAGCCAUCACAUAACCCAUUCAAGAGAGAAACAAUAUAAAUGUGAUGUAUGUGGCAAGAUCUUUAAUCAGAAGCGAUAUCUUGCAUGUCAUCGUAGAUGUCACACUGGUAAGAAAACUUACAAGUGUAAUGAGUGUGGGAAGACCUUCAGUCAGAAGACAACUCUUACAUGCCAUCGUAGACUUCAUACUGGAGAGAAACCUUACAAGUGUAAUGAGUGUGGCAAGAUGUUCAGUGAGAAGUCAUCCCUUAGAUGCCAUUGUAGACUUCAUACUGGAGAGAAACCUUACAAGUGUAAUGAAUGUGGCAAGUCUUUCCGUCGAAAUUCAGGCCUUGUAAUUCAUAAGGCAAUUCAUAGUGAAGAGAAACCUUACAAGUGUAAUGAGUGUGGUAAGACCUUCCGUCAGAAGUCGUACCUUCAAUGUCAUCAUAGACUUCAUACUGGAGAGAAACUUUACACAUGUAAUGAAUGUGGCAAGGUUUUUAGUAGAAGACAAAACUUUGCACAUCAUCAUAGACUUCACACUGGAGAGAAACCUUACAAAUGUGAGGAAUGUGACAAAGUUUUCAUUCGCAGAUCACAGCUUGAAACACAUAGGAGAAUUCACACUGGAGAGAGAUCAUACAAAUGUCAGGUUUGUGACAAGGCUUUCUGGAAAAAGUCGUGCCUUGUACACCAUAAGAGAGUUCAUACUGGGGAGAAACCGUACAAGUGUAAUAAAUGUGGCAAGACCUUCAGUCAGAAGUCAAAUCUUCAAUGUCAUCAUACACUUCAUACUGGAGAGAAACCUUACACAUGUAAUGAAUGUGGCAAGGUUUUUGGUAGAAAAGCACACCUUGCGCGUCAUCAUAGAAUUCAUACUGGAGAGAAACCUUACAAAUGUGAAGAAUGUGACAAAGUUUUCAGUCGCAAAUCACACCUUGAAAGGCAUAAGAGAAUUCACACUGGAGAAAAACCAUACAAAUGUAAGGUGUGUGACAAGGCUUUCCGGAGUGAUUCAUGCCUUGCACAACAUCAGAGAGUUCAUACUGGAGAGAAACCUUACAAGUGUAAUGAAUGUGGCAAGGUUUUUAAUCAAAAAGCACACCUUGCACAACAUCAGAGAGUUCAUACUGGAGAGAAACCUUACAAGUGUAAUGAGUGUGACAGAGCCUUUAGUGGGAAGUCAACACUUAUUCACCAUCAAGCCAUCCAUGGAGAGAAAUCUCACAAGUGUGAUGAUUGUGACAAAGCCUUUACUUCACAUUCACAAAUCAUGAGGCAUCAGAGAAUCCAUACUGGAUAGAAAUCUUAAAUGUCAUAAGGGCGGCAAGGUCUUCAGUCUGGGUACUCCAUGCAGAACAUCAGAAAAUUCAUUUUUGAGAUAAUUGUUCCAAAUAAAAUGAAUAUAGAAAAUCAUAAAGCUUUAAUUGACAUUAGAGUCAACUCCGCAUUGACUUGAGUUUAAGUUGACUUAACAUUGAGUUCAAGCAUUAAUUGACAUGAAAAGUGGUAAUGUUAAGAAGAAUGGGCCAGGCGUGGUGGCUCAUGCCUGUUAUCCCAGCACUUUGGGAGACCAAGGCAGGUAAAUCACUUGAGGUCAGCAGCCUGGCCAACAGCCUUGAGCCACUUUAGCCAGCCUGGUUUCAAUUUUUAUUUUUUGAGAUACUCUUGUCGCCCAGGCUGUAGUGCAAUGACAUGAUCUCAGCUCACUGGAACCUCUGCCUCCUGCA